AUGCGGUUGGAGCUUUACUUUCUCAGGCGCCAUACAGUAGUGCAUCGGCGUUAUUGCAACAUACUGGAAUUUCUCGAGCACGUCAAACGAUGGCGCGCGCUACCCAAUCCUACCAAAGUUCUCGAUUACGAUGGAGGCAAGAUACCGUGGAAACAUAUCGUUGGCCGACUUGGGAAGUUCGAAGUCGACUUCAGAAAGCUCGAUGGGGGAUUGUACGAAGAGCUGAGGGCCUGCGAGAACUACAAUGACCUGACCGCCAAAUUGUUCGAGAUACAGCAGCUGCAGAAGAGCGGUGCGCUCGAAAAGCGCUUCAAGAAGUGGAAGGAACAGGGGGACAGAAUGCUUCACAACAAGCUGAAGGCCGAGACGUCGAGCAAAUUUACCGUUGGUCUCAACAACAAGCGGUUCUCUCACAAACAUCCUCUGGGUAUCGACGCAAAUGACCUAGAGGCAGAGAAAUUGACACAAGCCACCCAAAAUGUUGCGCCAAAGUCAAACGUGGCUUCGCAGGACCAGAAGCAGCUGGAGGAGCAGGCAGAGCCGAAGAAGAAGUGGGUCAGGGGUUGUUUGGAUACAGUCAAGCGGUGGUGUUAG